AUGCAGCUAUUUAAGCAAAUUUUGCAACUACCCCCUGCAAUAUCGAUGGCACCAAGAAAAGUACAAAAGAAGCCCGAGCAAACCAAGGAGGAACAAAAGGAUCUUUCCAAUGACUCCGGUUUAGAUAGUGGAUCCGAAGAACAAACAGCUUCUGAUGAGUCAGGAGAGUCCGAAGAGUCCGAAAGCAUCUCUGGAUCAGCUACAGAGUCCGAAUCUGAAUCAGAACAAUCUUCUUCUUCCUUAUCUCAAUCAAAAUCAACCGAAAAAAAUCAAUCAAAAUCAUCAGAAAUCAAAGAAGAUGAAGAAUCUUCUGAAGAUAAAACAAUCUUUAUUAAAGGUAUUAGCUACUCUGCUACUGAAGAACAGUUACAAGAACUCUUCAGUAAGUCUGGUAAGAUAGUAGAGAUAAGAAUUCCUAGAGCUAGAGAGACUGGUAAAGGUAAAGGCUUUGCCUACAUUGAGUUUGAGACUAAAGAGGCUUGCAAGAACAGUUUAGCCUUAAGUGGGACUGAGUGUGAUGGCCGUAGACUAGUAGUAGAUAUGGCUAAGAGUGGACCUCGUGGUGGUAAUACAGGAGGAGUAGUUGAAGGUGGAGAAAGAGAGUACCAGUCUAGACAUAAUAAUGAUGCUAUCACUGUUUUCUUAGGUAAUGUUCCUUUUGAAUUUGAUAAGGAUGAGUUUAUGGAGUUUUUAAAGGGAUAUGCUAAUGUUAAGGACUUAAGAGUGCCUACUGAUAGGGAUACAGGUAGACCUAAGGGUUUUGCCUUUGCUUCCUUUGAUAGUCAUGCUGAGGCUGAUAAGUUAAUCUCAACUGAACUGAUCUUCCAGGACAGAACUAUUAGGGCGCAGAUUUCAGAGCAGAGGAGGAGUAAUAAUAACGGUCCUCGUCGGGAUGGUGGAUUUGCUCGUGGUGGUCGUGAUAAUGGCAACUUUAAUAAGCGCAGUUGGUCUUCUGAGAAUACUGAUAACAAGAAACACGUGAAAUUUGAAUAA